GUGUGUGGUGAUUACUGGGAUAUGAGUGAUGCUGCAGUGGUGUGUAGAGAGCUGGGCUGUGGAGAGGCUGUAGAUGCACUGAGUGAUGCUCAUUUUGGAUCAGGAUCAGGACCAAUCUGGAGGGAUGACAUAUUCUGUAAUGGAUCAGAGUCUACACUGAAACACUGUAGGUCACAAGGAUGGGGUAAACAUAACUGUGAUCACAAACAACAUGCUGGAGUCAUCUGCUCUGGAGUCAGGCUGGUUGGUGAUUCCCACUGCUCUGGGAGAGUGGAGGUGCUUCAUGGAGAGACCUGGUCCACAGUGUGUGAUGCUGACUUUGACCAGCAGGAUGCAAAGGUUGUGUGUCGAGAGCUGGGCUGUGGGCUUCCUGUGGAGGUACUGGGAGCAGCUGCUUUUGGCAGAGGGGAGGGUCAGGUGUGGUCAGAGGAGCUUCAGUGUAGAGGCAACGAAUCUCAGAUUCACUUCUGUCCAACAACAUCUUCACUCAAACACAACUGCUCCCAUGACAAUGAUGUGGGUCUGGUGUGUGCUGGUAAGAGCAGUAGAGUUUCCUACAGUGUGAGGUUGGUGGAUGGUGGCAGUCGCUGUGCUGGGAGAGUAGAGGUUCUUCAUAGAGGACAGUGGGGAACAGUGUGUAGUGAUUACUGGGAUUUGAGCGAUGCUGCAGUGGUGUGUAGAGAGCUGCGCUGUGGAGAGGCUGUAGCUGCACUGAGUAGAGCUCACUUUGGACCAGGAUCAGGACAAAUAUGGAUGGAUAAUGUGGAAUGUAGGAAAUCAAAGUCUAAACUCAAGAAUUGUAAGUCACCAGAAUGGGGUAAACAUAACUGUCAUCAUGGUGAAGAUGCUGGAGUCAUCUGCUCAGGUCACAAAAAGUCUACACUUACUGACGGCUUUCACCACUGCUCUGGGAGAGUGGAGGUGCUUCUUGGAGAGACCUGGUCCACAGUGUGUGAUGCUGACUUUGACCAGCAGGAUGCAGAGGUUGUGUGUCGAGAGCUGGGCUGUGGGCUUCCUGUAGAGGUGCUGGGAGCAGCUGCUUUUGGCAGAGGGGAGGGUCAGAUGUGGUCAAAUGAGCUUCAGUGUAAAGGCAACGAAUCCCAGAUUUACUCCUGUCCAACAUCAUCUUCACUCAGACACAACUGCACCCAUGACAGUGAUGUGGGUCUGGUGUGUGCUGGUCACACUCAGGCUCGACUAAAUAAUGGCUCUGACUCCUGUUCUGGUCGAGUGGAGCUCCAGUACCUCAGUGAGCGGGGCACAGUGUGUGAUGUAAGCUGGGAUAUGAGAGAUGCCAGUGUCCUCUGUGGUCAGCUGAACUGUGGGAGUGCUGUGGCUGUGUUGGGGUUCCUCUCUGGCACUACAUGA